UCAUCAUUUUGAGCCCAUCCCUACCAAUGUCUAGACUGGCACCUUUAUGCGGAAAGAAUAUCUACACUUUCGCUGCAGUCCUUUGGCAAAUUUUGAUUGUCUUGAGAGAAUAUGAGUUGUACUAGAGAUGAACCUCCCGAAACUGAACUGGCAGAACUGCAAUGUCACUUCACGUGGGAUUUGAAAAAAGAAGACACAAACAUCACUGAUCAUUUAACUAGACUGGAGCAGCAUCGUGACUUAUAUCUGGGUCAGAAGUCAGGGACCGCACACACGCACAACUCUUUGGCAUACGUCAAAUAUCUCUUGGGUUCUUAUGAAGAAGCCCUAACAAACUUGCAGAAAUCUGUGGAGCUCACUAAAGAUUGUUAUGGGGACAACUGCGACGAGAGACUCAUUGUUACUUAUGGAAAUUUCGCUUGGUUACACUUUCACAUGAAACAGUAUUCUGAAUGCAAAAGUUACCUGGACAGACUGAAGGAGAUCAGAGAACCAAAACCACCUGUCUCCACUUCUGUACUUUAUCCUGACGUAUUUGGUGAGAAAGCCUGGGCCUUGUUUAAAUUUUCACGUAAAUACUAUGACAGAGCUAUAGAGUGUUUCAGAAAGGCGUUAGAGCUAGAGCCAGAAAGAGGUGAGUGGAAUGCUGGUUAUGCCAUUGUACUAUAUAGAAUAGAAACUAAAUGCACUAGUCCAGAAGAUUCAUCUGCAAUUCAACAACUCAGACGGGCGAUAGAAACGAACCCAGAUAAUGAUGAACUAAAGCUUCUUUUAGCUCUGAAACUAGCUGAGUUUAAGCUGUUUGAUGAAGCAGAGGAUCUGGUGGAAAGGGCUCUUGAUAAGUCUCCAGAUAGUCCACAUGUGAUUCGAUAUGUGGGGAAAUACCUAAGAAACUAUGUCCAAACUUUAGAUAGGUCUAUUGGCCUGUUGAAAAGAGCAUUAGAUGUUACUCCAAAUUCUGCAUUUAUACACCACCAGUUAGCUCUGUGCUACAAAAAGGAAAAAGAACAAUUCAGGGAACAUGCUGAGAGUCAGAGAUUUCUUAAUUUGAGCAUCUCUCAUUUUGAAAAAGCCGUCACUCUGAAGAAUGGCUUCAUUUUUGCAAUGGCACAGCUGGCAGCUCUCUACGGUGAGCACGGACAAAUCGAUCGGGCUGAUGAGAUGUUUCAGACAGCCUUGUUUUCAGCGAAGGAGAAAAAUGAGGGACUACAAAAAAUGUAUUUGUAUUAUGGUGAGUUUCAGCAGUAUAGAAAAAGAUGUCAACCACUGGCCAUCAAAUACUACAAGGACUGUUUGAAGAUGGCACCUGAUACACCAGAUGGAAAGAAAAGUGUUAAGAAUCUGACAAAGAUCGCUAACAAGCGUUUAUCUUAUAACACAAAUGACACAAGGGCUUUAGGGAUACAAGAAUUUAUUGAGCAGAUAACAAAUGGGAAACAGUCCAUUGCAGAGGAGUGUGAGCAUGUUCUGGAAUCUACAUGCAAUGAGAAAUAGUACAAACGAUAUAUUGGUUAUAUGGUAAACUGGUACAAAAACUGGUAAAAACAUUCUGCAUAGGUAUUGGGCUAAACAUGAAGUAUUAUGCAAACUGUCAUAUAACACAUAUUUUCAAAAUCUGUUCAAUCGUGGUUUUGCAUACAUUUAUUAAAAUUAACUAAAUAAAUUAUAUGAUGUUUAAACCAGUGGUUGCUGGCCAACAGGUUCUGCCUCAGGCUGAAAACUGGUUGUUUAAAAAAAACUAUGGUUCAAAUAAAAGAUGCACUGCAGAGGCCUGUGAGCAUGUUCUAGAAAAAAUCUAAGGCCUCAGCUGAAAACUUUCUAGUGACUGGUUACAUACAGUAAAUGAUUUAGUUGGCUCAGUUACAGUUUUGUAAAUUUAAUUAACAUACUAUUUUCACAAGUGAUAAUGGUGGCACUGAGGAAGAGCUGUCUCUCGAAAACGUUUUGCCCUUUUCACUGGUUUCUAUGGCCUCUGAUGAAGCAUUAAAUACAUCUUUUUUGAGGAGGUGUAAGCCCUGCAUAUAACCGUGUGCUGAUUCUUACUUUUACUUUUGGCCUUAAGUUUUUUUGAUCUACGUGCCGGAUCAACUGUAUUCUUUAAUAUUGGACAUUUGGCGCUGCUCCUCUUCUGUGACUCACAAGUGAUAAUUUGCCAUUGUGCCAAUUGAAAUCUUUAGAUGUAACCAGUCACUAGAUCAGAUUUUUACAGUGCAUUCAAUGGAAAUUGAAUGAAAUGUGUAAUGUUUUAGAGGUACAAAAUGUACAUUAUUGAAGAUGUACUGAAAUUGUUAUUGCAGUUAUUUGUUCAUUACAUGGCAUCUUUCUUCGUACUGUUAAUCAGCACUGCCCUCUACUGGUACAAAUAAUUUGUUGUUGAACAGUGUUACUAUUAAAAAUAAACAUAAUUUCACAGAAGCUAUGCUUAAUGUUCUUAAAGUCUGAAAAACUUCACACAGGGGUGGUUGUGUUAAGGUAGCAUGGCUGGGAAGGGCCUAAGGAUUAGUGUAAAUAUAAAUUAGGUGAUUUAUAUGCGUUUUAAUCAAGAUGAGAAAACAACAACGGGGAAAAUACUUUUUUUACUCUUUGUUUAACCAUUAUGCAGGACUGAAUUGAUUUGAGCGGAAGUUAUUUUUUGUCUGUACUUCUGGAAACCACUAUUUGGAACAAAUUACUUUUUGUGUUGUUAAUCAUCAUUGGUAAAACACAAUUAAAAUAGCUUUGACUAAUAAUGAAUAAACUUUGGAAUAAAAAAAAUUCUUCAUUUGUCAUGAGUGUAACUGCACAUACACCUCUAAUCUAAGAUGUAUUGAAUAUUGAAUGGUAUACUUGGAUGUCUUAAAUUCUGUAUUAUACGGAACGCUUGGCAACUCUAGAAGGUAAUAUAUAAGCGCCCCAUUUUUGUGCAUUGUAUUAUUUGCAAAAACAAGUUCAGAACAUGAAUGUUGAGUGUUUUAGCUUUAAAAUGAUAGUUUUUGAUGGUUGAUUUACUAUUAACAGAACCUGUAUAGCUUGUUCUCUGAUUGCUCCCUGGCUUCCUCCUGCUUCUUAACUCUGCAUCUCUUCACUGCAGCACCUUUCUGAACUUCUUGUGACCCUCUAAGAGAGCAGCAGAGUCUGCAUCAAACUCAUCCUUCCUCUAUCACCAAAAUGGUCAUUAAAUGCUUCUUAUUCAGAUGUCGGGGGAGAGAAGGCCUUUUUACUUUUAUUUGCAUUUUUAUUUUCACCUUGGGCACAUAAUUAAGGUGGCAUAAAGUGGCUUUUGAGGCAAUACACGUUUAACAUUUUAGAAAUCCCUGAACUGCUCUAUUAUUAAACUAUUUUCUCUGAUAGAGUGCUUUAGUCUUAGCAUACUGCCAUUGCUUCUUGGUGUAAGAUAUACAUGAGAAAUGAAAGCGUUUUCUGUCCAUUUCUCAGAAAGAUUUUUAGGAAUUUCAUUCUUACCUGAGGAAUGUUAACUGAAAAUGA